AUGUCGAACGCCGAGGCGAGCUCGUCGAAGCACAAGGACCGCCGGUCCAAGAAGGACAAGAAGGAGAAGAAGGAGAAGCGCAAGCACAAGCACGCCGUCGAGGUUGCGCCUGUCACUGGCGGUGCCGAGGGACCGUUCGAGCACCGCGUGCAGCGGAUGCGGCUCAGCGUGCCGCCCAAGUUCUCUGCUGACUGGAUGGAGGGCGUGCGCGAGUCGCUUGACGGCAUGCUCAUGCGGUACGUGGGACAGAUGGGCGGUGUCCUCCUUGCCCACUGGGACCACCAGUUCUGCGACGACAGCAUCAAGCUCAUCAACGAGUGCCCGUUCGGCGUGACUGAGGUCACGUUCCGGAGCAUUGUGUGGGCUCCCCGCCUCGGCCUGGUGCUGCAGGGCACGCACUCGCUGUCCUCGCCGUCGCACCUCUCGCUUCUGUUCGGCAAGACGUUCAACGUCUCGAUCCCCCUCCAGCACAUCCCGCAGGACAAGUACGAGUUCGAGCACACCGGCGAGGCGGCCGAGAGCGACAGCGAGGACGAGGACGAGCCCCUCGGCGCCGUCGAGGAGGUCGGACGCUGGAAGGUCAAGAGCACCGGUCAGACGCUCGGCGCCUCGGGCGAGCGCGUCCCCUUCACUGUCACCAACAACAUGCUCUCGAUCACGGGCUCGCUCCUCGACGACCCGUCGAACCCGCCCGCGCUCCCCGCCGUUUCGCGCCGCACGCCCUCGCUCUCCCCCGAGCUCCCCGAGCCUCCCGCGAAGCGCCCGUAUCGCCCCCGCGCCUCCGUGGGCAAGCCUGCUGCUGCUACGCCGUCAAAGUCGCAGCACACGACGUUCGACGAGGAGCCUGCUGCUGCCGCCGAAUCCGCCGAGGCUGAGCCCGAGAUCGACACAUCCAAGAUGAACCCCCGCGAGCUCAAGAAGUACCGCAAGGAGCAGGAGAAGGCGAAGCGCGACGCGCGCAAGGCGCGCAAGGAGGGUGCUGCGGCCGAAGCCGCCGAGGCCGAGACGGGCACCAAGAGGAAAGCGGACGAGGAGGACGGCGGCGAGCGCAAGAAGAGGAAGGAGGCGUAA